ACACUUCCCACUGUGUGACACGGUUCAGGCAUGAGAUGCAUAUUGACUUCGGAAGCACAUCAUCAGUGAAAACCUGCAGAAUCAAUUGAACUCAAAUAGUUUUAGUGUUUCUGCAAAGAACUUCGUUAUUAUGAAUUCGACGGGGAAAAAAUCUCGGCAAAUCUUCACGAAGGUGCCCAGGGUGGGAGCGUGCGCCGCUGCGGCAAACGCGCGGAAGAACGUGGAGGGUAUGAAGCUAUCGGAUAUAUUCUACCUGAAGACCGCGAGAGACAAGAAGAUCGUCGUCACGUAUAUGAAUUUCCGAACGAGCAAGAAGGAGGCGCUGACGGUGCUUUGGCGCGGCCGUGCCGGAAAGCCCCAGGUGUUCUCUAACAGGUCUUGCAAUGCAGAUCUUCUGGCCUCGAUGACUCACUCGGAGAUGCGACGCGAGGUUCGCGUGCACCAUUUCCAAAAGGAUAACAGAGACUUUCCUGAGUUCAAGAUCACGCUGAGCAACAAGAGCGCGCCCGACGAGUAAUGAUGAUAAUGGUUAUAUAUAUACAAUGCAAUGAAUUUAUUCUUAAUUUUUUUAUUUCUGUAUUUUUUCUCAUCCUAUGGUACAUAAAUAUCUGUAGAACAUCUACAAUUAACUUAAUUAUUGUAUAAUAAAAAAAAUAUUAAUAAGUGAAAAUAAAAACCAUUGUCCGUUACCAUAACAAGCACUACUGAAACAAAAAUGUAAUAAUAAAAUAGGGCCAGGACGACCAUCGGCUCGAAUGGACCCGAAAA